AUGAACACCAAAACGAUGCGUUUGCCACCUCGUCGGAUUUCGACGACCAAUGCGUCAAAUAACAACAAGCGCAAAGAGAAGGAGAGUGGCUUCGACGCGCUCCACCAGUCAACAACAACAAAGAUGCUCAAGCUGGCCCCACCGCCUCAAGCCGGCUCCAACAGUCCACCAGAGCCGGCUUCGUCCGCCCAGCUUCUAGCCGGCUAUUUGGCCCACGAGUUCCUAACCAAGGGCACCCUCCUAGGGCAGUCGUGGGACACAUCCAAAGCCGAGCCGGCCCCAGGGCCUUCGGGUGAUGAAGCCGAGCCGAGUUCGGGAGCCGAGCCGCAUCUUGAGAACUUGGAGAGAUACGUGGAGGUUGCUGAUUUGCUGAAGACGGAUGGGGCCCACCUAGCUGGCAUUGUCAACCCAACUCAGCUCGCUCGCGUUUUACAGUUGUGA